GUGCAAUGGCCUUUACUGCACUAUUAAUAGGAGUUUCGAUCUAUUUGGUGGCAUAUCUCAUGGCGCUUGUGGCAAAUGCUCUGUUUGAUUUACGAGAAGCAAUCAUACCUUGUCCGAAAAUCGUCGAGAAUGUACAACCAACAGCAUGGUACACUCUUCAAGUAGCAGUUGUUUCUUCGUUGUUUCAAAUAACCCAGGAAGAGGUAAUGGCUGAAUACACAAGAGAUCUUAACGCAAGAAAAUGGAUUGUACGACAUAGCUUUCCAUGCAAUGAACUGACAAGGCGUUUUCUCAAUAAAUAUUCCUCUCGAUUUCUCACCAAUGGCUAUGAUAUCAAUCCCAAGAAUAUUAAUCCACAAAAUAUGCGCGCUAUUCUUUAUUAAGUUUCCUUUUGCUACAUUAAAAAAUUUCAAAGUGUUCAGACAUAC